AUGACCACACAUCCUCGCCAGAAGCCCAAGGUGUUCCUAUUCGGCCCUCAAGCACUUGCUCUCGAUGCGAAAUUCUUCCAUCAGCUCCGUCUUAAUCUCCAUGCCGACCAGAACGCCAAGUGGGCUCUGAGUAUCGUACCGGAACUGCCGCACGUCUGGGAAAGCCUCAUCCACCAUGUUCCCAAGUUGCAACACGUGAACGGCGCCCAAUUGCUACGUGACCUCAACCGAGGGCUGCAGACUGGAGAGAUAUCGCCCUCUCUCUUUCCAUUACCGAAUAUCCUACUUUCCCCCUUGGUAGUGAUCGCUCAGCUAACACAGUAUGCGAACUUUCUCACGGCGGCAUUACCGAACCUCGGCGAGACCGAUGAGCUCCCAGCGUCCGUCACAGAGGCUGCUGAGACGCUAGGGUUAUGCACCGGCAUUCUCAGCGCAUUUGCAGUGUCGUCGUCCUCCAGCCUGGCUCAGCUCUACAAAAAUGGCGCAGUGGCAGUUCGGCUUGCCAUGCUUGCUGGCGCGCUGGUGGAUGCGGAGCAAUCAUCGCCUGGCUCAGAUGGUGUUGCAACGUCAGUCUCUGUGUCCUGGAAUGGUGUUGAGCCCAGUGCUGCACUGUCUAGAGUGUUAAAGGACUGUCCUGAGGCAUACAUAUCCGUUCAUGUUGACGAGAAGAGAUCAACAGUCACUGUCUCUCAGCGAGAGGCUGCCAACCUAGUUCAGCAAAUGAAGGACUCUGGCUUGCAUGUGUUUGACGUCGCGCUAUCCGGACGAUUUCACUGGUCCGGACAUGCAGCAGACGCAGAGCGACUCAUUGCGUUCUGUAGCAGCCAUGCCGAAUUCCAGUUCCCCGAGCCUUCCGAAAUGCUCCUGCCCAGCAUUUUGAGCACAGGCGGCAGUCUCCAUGAGAUUGCGUUGCGGGAAAUCCUGCUGAAGCCGUCGCAGUGGCUGGAGACCUUUACCCGCGUCUACUCAUCUCACCUGGAGGCCGCGGGUGCCACGUUCAUAUGCUUUGGCCCAGAGCGGUGCACGCCACCCACAAUGACAAGGAAGUUAGGCUCUCAGCUAGUCCAGCUCACAGACAUUGACCUGUCGACUUCUCCGCUGCCUGCACAGCUUCUAGGCCAGAGCCUGGAUGAGCUCCCAGAUGAUCGGGUUGCUGUCAUCGGCAUGGCCUGCCUUGUCCCAGGGGCCGACGAUCUCGACGGAUAUUGGAAAAUCCUCACGAGCGGCCAGUCCCAGCACACAGAGGUGCCCUUGGAGCGCUUCUCAAUGCAGACUGCAUUUAGGGAGCUGGAUCCUAAUCGCAAAUGGUACGGCAACUUCAUCGCGGACUAUGACGCUUUCGAUCACAAAUUCUUCAAGAAGAGUCCGCGGGAAAUGGCAUCCGCUGACCCACAACAUCGUUUGAUCAUGCAGUUGGCAUACCAGGCUGUGGAGCAGUCAGGUUAUUUCAGAGCCCAAGGGGAGGCACCAGCGAGCAGGCAUAUUGGAUGCUAUAUCGGAAUCGGCAAUGUCGAUUAUGACCGAAACAUCGCCUGCUACCCAGCGAAUGCUUACUCUGCCACGGGAAACCUGCGGAGUUUCGUUGCGGGAAAAGUGAGUCAUUACUUUGGCUGGACGGGCCCCAGUGUGACCAUCGAUACGGCCUGUUCAUCCUCAGGUGUUGCGGUCCACCAGGCCUGUCGCUCGAUCCUUCACGGGGAAUGUACCAGUGCGUUGGCCGGUGGUGUCAACGUCCUCAGUCACCCGGACUGGUUCCAUAAUCUAGCUGGCGCUUCCUUCUUGAGUCCGACAGGCCAGUGCAAGCCAUUUGAUGCCGCAGCGGACGGAUAUUGCCGAGGAGAAGGGGCCGGCGUGGUCUACCUCAAGAAACUGUCGUCCGCCAUUGCGGAUGGUGAUCAAGUGCUCGGGGUGAUUGCGAGCACGAAAGUCUAUCAAAAUCAGAACUGUACCCCUAUCACCGUCCCCAACACGGACUCAUUGUCAGAGCUCUUUCAGGAUAUUGUUCAACAAGCCAGACUCCCACCUCAGGCCAUCUCGGUAGUCGAGGCGCAUGGCACAGGGACUCCGGUCGGCGAUCCGGCGGAGUAUGCAGCGAUCAAAAGAACACUCGGCGGCUCGGUUCGCUCAGAUGUGCUCUCUCUGAUGUCGGUCAAGGGACUCCUUGGCCAUACGGAGUUUGCCUCGGGGAUAAUAUCCCUGGUGAAGGUCCUGCUCAUGAUCCACGAGGGCUUCAUCCCGCCACAGGCCAGCUUUACUUCCAUCAACCCUGCACUGCAAGUUGCUCCGCAGGACAUGAUUGACAUCCCGACAAGAACGAAGCCUUGGGAUGUGGGCUUUCGCGCAGCACUGAUCAACAACUAUGGGGCCUCUGGCUCAAACGCUUCCAUAGUCGUUACUCAGGGACCCAGGGCUAGCUUUCAUGCUUCGAAGACUGCUCUCGUGUCGGCAGAUGGUGUGAGCUUCCCAUUCUGGUUCUGUGCGCACGAUUCCCAGAGUCUCCGGGCCUACAUUAUCAAAUUUAGGGACUUCCUGCAACGACACGCCAGUUCAAACAAGGACCUGAGUGCACGCAAUCUGUCCUUUCAGCUAGCACGCCAGUCCAACCGCGCUCUUCCAAACGCUCUGAUCCUGAAGGCUUCCUCUGCGACUGACCUGGAUCAGAAGCUGCUUGCUUUCGAGCAAGCAGAAAAAAGCACUGGGGAAAUUCAACCGCCGCCUGCCCGUCCGGUGAUUCUUUGCUUCGGCGGGCAGGUUUCCACGUUUGUAGGUCUGUCAGAAGAUCUUUAUUACCAGAUCGCUGCCCUGAAAGCCCAUCUCGACGAGUGCGACGCCGUAUGUAUCUCUCUGGGCCUGAACAGUAUCUAUCCCGACAUCUUCCAGACGUCUCCCAUACAAGACACAGUCAAGCUUCAAACAAUGCUUUUUGCCACGCAGUAUUCCUGCGCCAGACUGUGGGUUGAGUCCGGUGUCCAAAUUGCUGCUGUGGUAGGACACAGUUUUGGCGAGUUGACGGCAUUGUGCGUCGCGGGGGUUUAUUCACUUAAGGAUGCGCUCAAGUUGAUUUCUGGUCGCGCUCGUCUCAUCCGGGAUAGCUGGGGCGCGGAGAAAGGAGCCAUGCUCGCCGUUGAGGCGGAUUUGACGGAUGUGCAAGCCUUGAUCUCCUUGUCGAAAAAGGCAUCAGGUAUCGCCUCUGAUGUUUCGAUCGCUUGUUACAAUGGUCCCAAGCUGUUCACACUGGCUGGCUCAGUAAAAUGCAUUGAACUCACUCAGGAACUGGCAAAGACCAGCCCUGCUUUCUCGAGCAUAAAGACAAAGAGGCUGGGCGUCACCAAUGCCUUUCAUUCCUCCCUCGUUGACCCGCUCAUUGGUGACCUCGAAGCACUCGGUCAAGAGAUUACGUUUAAAGAGCCCGCAAUUCGCGUUGAACACGCAACCGAGUUAAAAACUACCGGCCAACCAGCAGGCAACUUCAUCGCUCAGCACCUGAGGAACCCGGUGUUCUUCAAUCACGCAGUCCAGCGACUGGCCAAGGAGUUCCCGUCGGCUAUCUGGCUGGAGGCUGGAUCGAAUUCUACUGUCACCAAUAUGGCGAGCCGCGCCCUGGGCAAUUCGACGUCAAAACAUCAUUUCCAGUCCGUCAAUAUAACUGGUGAAUCCUCCUCCAUCCAAAGCCUAGUUGACACGACGAUAAAGCUAUGGAAGGAGGGCCUGAACAUAUCCUUCUGGGCCCACCAUGCCAGACAGACACCCGAUUAUACCCCCGUUAUUCUCCCUCCGUACCAAUUCGAAAAGUCACGACAUUGGAUGCACUUGCAAGAGCCCCGGAAGCUUGAUGUUUCAGCGGCCGAGCCUCUGCAACAUCCUGACGUGGCCAAGGGUCUUACAACCUUCCUCAGCUAUCAGGAUCCGUCACAACAGUCCGCGCGGUUCCGAGUCAACACGGGAGUAGACAAAUUUCAACAGCCAACCUCCGCCAAUGUCGUUGCCAGCACAGCUGCCGUUGCCCCAGGCAUUCUCCAGCUACAGAUCGCCCUGGACGCUCUGACGAAUCUCCGGCCGGAUUUCGACAAGUACAAGUUCCAGCCGGAGAUCCGGGGUGUAUCCUACCACAACGCACUCCCCGCUCACCCUUCCAGCGAGGUGUACCUCGACGUGUUUUCUAAAGACGACAAGGGUGUCACCUGGGACUGGCGGCUCCAUUCGAAAGACUCGGAGUUCAGCUCCGGCACGGUAGAUUUCCGACCAGCGAGUGACCCUCAACUCACGGUCGACUACGAGAAUCUGGCUCGCCUGAGCGGUCAGAAGCGCUGUGCACGUCUCCUCCACGGCGGUCAUGCUGACGAAGUCCUCCAGGGACGGAACAUCUACCGGGCCUUCGAGCAGGUGGUCAAAUACGGGGAACCGUUCCGCUGCGUUACCAAGAUUGCAGGAAUCGAAAAUGAGUCAGCUGGCCAGGUCAUCAAGUCCUACCAAGAGGAAGCGUGGAUCGACCCCGUUCUGACCGAGUGCUUCUGCCAGGUCGCUGGUAUCUUCGUCAACUUGAUGACCCACUCGUCGGAUCUGGAUGACCGUGGCAUCUUUGUCUGCGAUGGGAUCUCCAGAUGGACGCGUAGGCCCCGGCUGAGUACAACCGGUUCGCUGUCGGAUCACUGGGAGGUCUUCGCGGUUCACCACCACGAGUCUGAGAACAAGUAUGUCAGCGACGUGUUUGCGUUUGAUGCUCGCGAUGGAUCAUUAGUCGAAGCAAUUCUUGGCCUCUCGUAUCACAGAGUACCUAUGGAAUCUAUUCGAAAAGUCUUAAGCCGUGCCGCCGAACAAACACCUGCUUCUGCUUCUGCUGGUAUCCCUCUUUCUGUCUCAAUGACUCCUUCAUCAACCCCUCCCAUCGAAGAAUCCACUCGCUCAGUUUCAUCACCCUAUCCAGAGCCGGGGAAGGAACCUGUAAAGAAGAAGGCAGCCAAACUGCCGGGACUGGACGUCUGGGCCAAAACCCGCGAAAUAAUCUGCAAUCUGUCCGGGCUGGAACCUGAAGAGAUUCAGGACGACUCUGACCUAAUUGAGCUGGGUAUUGAUUCUCUCAUGGCAAUGGAGCUGGUACGCGAGGUGCAGGCUGCAUUCAAGUGCACGCUUAGGAAUGAGCAGCUGAUGGAACUGACCGACUUUAAGAGCCUGGUUCGGUGCAUUCAGUCUACGCUAGGGCUUGGCGAUGAUGAGGAUGUGGAGGAAGUGCCAGCAGAAGCCGCUGCUGGCACAAAUGGUACUGUUCACGUCAACGGUGCCAACGAAGCCAAUGGAGUCAAUGGCAUUAAUGGAAUUAACCGAAAUGGUGUUCACACGAAUGGUAACGACGGCCACGCCACUUUCACGACAUCCAUGGUCCGAGACACCUUCAGCGAUUUCAAAUGGACUACGGACGACGCCAUCAUCAAGGGCCGCCUCGCAAACUACUACAAAGAGGUCAUGCCGAGAUCCACUGAGCUCUGUAUCAAGUAUAUCGUUGACGCAUUCGAGCAACUAGGCUGCUCUAUCGGGUCCGCAGCGCCCGGCCAACGCCUUGAGCGCAUUCCAUACCACCCCAAGCAUGCACAGUUUUUAGACUUGAUCUAUGGCUUUCUGGAAACCGAGGCACGCCUGGUCGAUAUCAAUGGCGCGGAAAUCACGCGCACCGCUGUUGCACCACCCACCACCUCUGCGGAAACACUACUCGCAAAGUUGCUUCACGACGAGCCAGUUCACGCCGCCGAACACAGGCUUACAGCACUGGUGGGAGCCAGGUUUGCAGACUUGAUUACAGGCAAGGAGGAUGGUCUGCAGCUGGUCUUCGGCACUCCCGAAGCCCGCGAGAUCGCGUCAGAGAUGUAUGCCAGAUCACCCAUCAAUACCGUCUGGAUCCAGCAACUCGCCGACUUUCUGCUUCAGCUGCUCGGUCAACUUCCGCGAACGGGAGCGCCCAUCUGUAUCCUCGAAAUUGGCGCGGGGACUGGAGGCACAACAAGCAGGAUUGUACCCCUGCUCGCCAAACUUGGUGUCCCUGUCAAGUACACCAUGACUGAUAUCUCUGGCUCACUGAUCGCGGCCGCGCGCAAGCGCUUCAAGCAGUAUCCGUUCAUGGAGUUCAAGGUACUGAACAUGGAAACCGAACCGGACGCGAAACUCCUCGAAAGCCAGCACAUUGUCCUCGCCACUAACUGUGUCCACGCCACGAGGGAUCUGGCCGUCUCCCUAAAGAACCUGCAUCGGAUCCUGCGGCCGGAAGGUUUCCUGGUCAUGCUCGAGAUGACGCAGCAGGUGCCUUGGGUGGAUUUCGUCUUCGGAUUCAUCGAGGGUUGGUGGCUGUUCGAGGACGGACGAAGUUAUGUCCUCCAGCCUGCGGACUACUGGGAGCGAGUGCUGCACUCGGUGGGAUACGGCCAUGUCGACUGGACGGCUGGAGAUCUUCCCGAAGCCAACAUUCAACGCCUUAUUAUUGCUCAUGCGUCUGGGGCCAGGUAUGAUCGAGCGCCGAAACCUGCUUUGCAUCUCACUUCAGAAUCCCAAUUGACCGCAGAUGACCCAGAGCGCGGCGCCACCAUUGACGAGUACGUCGUCAAGUACACGAACGGCUUUGUCCCGCCAUCGCUGCCCCGCGCAGCCGUGGGCAAUGCAUCCCUGAGCAAAAAGCAUUGUGUGCUGGUCACCGGCGCCACGGGCAGUCUGGGUUCCCACAUUGUGGCCUAUUUCGCCCAGCGCCCGGACAUCAGCACGGUCAUCUGCCUUAACCGGGUCAGCACCGUCGACGCAGCCCAACGGCAGCGUGCCUCCCUCGAAAUGCGCGGGAUCACCCUAGACGCGACAUCUCUGUCGAAGCUCCAAGUGCUUGAAAGCGACACCAGCAAACCCCACCUCGGCUUAUCGCCCGAGACCUACAACUACCUCACUCGCACUGUCACCCACAUAGUCCACAGCGCUUGGCCGAUGAGCCUGACACGGCCCAUCCGCACGUACGAGACGCAAUUCAAGACAGCCCGCAACCUGCUCUCCCUCGCAAGGGAUGUGGUUGAGCUCCGACCCGCCCCCUUCAAGCUCGGCUUCCAAUUCGUUUCCUCCAGCGCCGUCAUCGCCAAUUACCCGCUUUGGACUGGAACCCCGCUCGUUCCGGAGGAACCAGGCACAAUCGCCUCACUACCGGGAACGGGCUACGCAGAGGCGAAACUCGUCGUCGAGCGAAUGCUGGCUCAGACGUUGUAUCAGUAUCCGGAAUCCUUCCAUCCGAUGGCCGUACGCGUCGCCCAAAUCGCUGGCUCGACAUCCAACGGGUACUGGAAUCCGACUGAGUACAUGCCCUUCCUGAUCAAGUCAUCACAGGUGCUCCGGCUCCUGCCGGACCUCGAGGGUACGCUCUCGUGGUAUCCGGUGAAUGAUGUAGCGGCUACCCUGGGCGAGCUGCUCCUCACUGAAACAUCGACUGAUCUAAUCUACCAUAUCGAUAACCCGUCACGGCAGGGAUGGAAGGAGAUGAUCGGGACUUUAGCGCGGGCGCUGGGAAUCAGUGAGGAAGGUAUCGUGCCGUAUGAGACUUGGGUAGAUCGCGUCAGGAGGUUCCGGGCCAGUGUGAGCGAUAAUCCGGCGUUGCAGUUGAUUGAGUUCUUUGAUCAUUAUUUCGUGCCUAUGUCGUGCGGCGGGUUGGUGCUGGAUACGGGCAAGGCCAGGAGGCAUUCGGAGACGCUGAGGCAACAGGGACCGAUUGAUGAGGGACUGUUGAUGAAAUAUAUCCUGAGAUGGAAGCAGGAGGGAUUCUUGAAUCCCUAG